UGUUUUGCUUUCUAUCGAUAGAGGAAAAAAUUUACCUGCAACAACAUCGAAGGUUGCCGUAUAUUUUUGAACUUUUGCAGAAGUAUUCGUUAUGGCCUCCGACACCAUCGCUCGCGGAUCCAAUUCAGUAUAAUCCUGUAAAUGGACCGAGCCCUUUCAUUAUUGGAGGAGACACAACGACCAUAGAAUCGUAUCCUUAUCAGCUGUCGUUAAGGAAUGGCGGUGUUCAUAUAUGUGGUGCUUCGAUCAUUUCGGACAAGUGGUCCCUGUCGGCCGCUCAUUGUUUGGACGAUGGCAGUUCACCUUCGUGGAUAACGUUUCGUGGCGGUAGUCCUCAUAGGUUAGUGGGAGGCUAUAUUUUUCAUGCAGUGCGGUAUAUUCUCCAUGAACAGUUUGAUCCGCGGACGUUCAAUUGCGAUGUGGCAGUUAUCGAGAUUGCUGAGAACUUUUUCGUAGAUUUUCUGCAACCGAUUCCAUUGACUGAUGGCAAUAUUAAAGUGAGCUGCCCUAGUAACCUGGCAACGGUGAUUGGAUGGGGUACUGCUGCAUAUGAUUAUGUACCGUUGAUACUUCAAGAGCUGCAAGUGUUAAUUCAACCGGGCGAAGUGUGCAACAAAGUUUGGAUCGAACAAGUUACCUCAAACAUGUUGUGUGCCGGUGGCGUCAUCGGUCAGGAUACUUGCAACGGCGACAGCGGAGGACCGCUAAUAUGCGAUGGAUACCAGAUGGGAAUCGUGUCCUGGGGAUCCCAAACCUGCGCCAUUGCAAUGCCAGCAGUAUUUACGAACGUAUCCGAUCCGAAUAUACGUGACUUCAUACGGACACAAGCAGGUGUAUGAGGUGGUAGUAGCAUACCACCAUUAUCUCGACGA